AUGCGCGAUCUACCUUGUGUACGAAAUGACUCGAACCCCCAAUUAAAAGAGGUCAAUUGGCGCUGGCUUAACGAGAGGGUCGUUACCAACAUGGAGAGCGGACAGCGGGUGAGCCUUCUUCACCCUCUACAAGGGCAAGAAGAUGGUGAGAAAGUUGAUGCAGCUUUAUCCCUGUGCAAAUCCAAGCUGGAGAGUCAGGAGAUUGUGGAUGAGAGUAACGGUACUCUGUGCAUAUCUGAAAGUGGAAUUAUCUUCUCCCCUCCAUUAUAUUUGCAGCGCUACCAGAGAGUUAUUGAUAAAAUUAUCUCCGUUAGCAAAGGGACAUUUAGAAAGGCAGCUGACUUAGGAUGUGCCGAAUUAAAAUUUUUCAAGUUCCUGAAAAAUGUAACUGGAAUACAGGAGAUAAUCUUGCUUGAUAAGGAUGCUAGCACAUUAAAGGAUUAUGAGUACCGCAUUAAACCCUUGGUAGGCGACUUCUUAUUUUUGCGUAAACUGCCUCUAAAUGUUAAAGCAGUUUGUGGGGAUGCCAGGAAAUAUGAUCCUUUGCUCGCUGGGACUCAAGUGGUCACCAUGAUUGAACUAAUUGAACACAUGCAUGAGUCAGAGCUGCCGAAGCUUGUUGAAUGCGUAUUCAAAGACAUUAGUCCAAAACUAGUAAUCAUUACUACUCCAAAUGCCGACUUCAACAAAUUUAUCCCAGGCCGUACUUCAACCUUCAGACAUUGGGAUCACAAGUUUGAAUGGACUGCAACGGAAUUUUAUCAGUGGUGUCAAGGAAUCUUGGAAGAGUAUGGUGAUUAUUACCUGGAGAUUUCUGGGUGUGGAUUAGGGCCCGAAAACACCUACUGCACACAGAUGGCAACCUUUCUCCAGUCACCAUCGGGCACCGGAGGUUUAUUGUCUUGUAUUAAGAAAGAUGAAGUGACUGUUGAUAAUUCCUCUCAUCAAAGUUGCGUGUAUACCGAAGAGAUUGCAGAGCAUGUGGUUACUGCCGAAACAUCUGAAGAGUCGUGGGUUGUAAUAUCCGAAUUUGACUAUCCAUAUGACUUACGUACUCAAGAGGAACAGGACAGAGCUUAUACACUGGGUAGAUUUUUUGACCUGAAAAUCUACCUUCGCUCAAGUGAGCAGAGUCAAGAAUCAUAUAAAGGCUGGGAUGGGAAGGCAAACAACUGGAAAGGAAAGACAGAAGACUGGGAUGGGGAGACAGAAGUGGACCUUGGGGGAGACAAGACGGAAGACAAAAGUCAGUGGAAAUUAGAGAGGAGGAGGAGGAUGAAGGAAGAGGUGGGGCAAGAGAAGAAAGAAGACAGUGAACAAAGGAGUAUUGAAGAGGAUCCGAAGGCCACACUUUUGGACGAAUUGCCUUUGAGAUCACUCUCCUUGAAGAAUCAAUGUGAGGAAACAUGCUAUUCAGAAGGGAGUGAUACCAUAGAUAAAGAACAAAUAUUGUUCUAUACAGAAAAUGUUACAAACGAAGAAGUAAUUAAUCAGAAAAGAGUAAAUGGGCACGAAUAUGUCUUCUACAUAGUGAACCACAAGUAUGCUGUCAUUCCUAUGAUGUCUCUCUCGGCUUGGGUUAAUAAACAUUGUGACCAAGAGAUAUCGAGUAGCUUCAUCAGUUUGGCAUUAGAAAAUGAAUGUUUUGAGACAAGUGGCAAUGGCGAUGACUGGCAGGGAAAGUUACAACUUUGGGACGAAAAUAUUUCUUCUGGUGAAGAUGAAGAAUGGUUAAGUGAUGAAGUGGAAAGCAGUCACUUAGGUAAGCUUGGUUGUGAUCAAUAUAACAACGUCAGUACCACAAUCAGCACUACAGAUGAAGACUGGGAUCGGGAUGAACCAGUUGUGCAUGCUGAUCCCAAAGCAUGUGGUUGUAACGUGUAAAAGCUUCUUUGCCACGUUGCAUAGAGGUUCACCAAGUUUCAAGUUAUUUACAAAGAGUGCUAAGUUUAUACAUUUUCCAAGAAUUAAACCUCAUUGAUUUUGUACUCGAGAGCUCAUGUAGCUUGAGUGCUUGUAUGCCCCAAGUUUCUAAUACAAUACAGUGACUUAAUCCUCCCAUAAUGCACAGGAAUAGGCUAGUUCAAAUAUAUGAAUAUUGCAGAUACAGUAUGUAAGAGUUUGAUACUUUUGUCUAGACUACUAUUAUUACCAAAAUAGGCUUACAUUUAUUUUAUCCCCCUUUUAAAUAUGAAGAAACAAAAGGACUGGAAAGUGCUAUGGACUCUAUUUAGUGACACACAUUUGUACAUAAAAGAUUGUACUGUAGUUACAAUAUUGCAUACAGCAAAGUAGGCCUGUUAUAUCACAGCCAGUAAAGUACAACACAUUUUGAGACAAUGUUCCACUUAGCAAUGUCUGAUCAAUCUGUGCUACAUAGCCUUCCCAGCUUGGUGCCUUCUUUUGAUAAUUACUUAUCAAUCAUGAUUAAUAGUUCAUGGUUUUAUUUCUUUAAUAUAUCUUUGUUGAUUUUCUCACCUUAAUAUGCUGCUAUCAAGACAUUGUAUAUUUUGUUUCUCUUUAGUUAAUUGAUGACUAGUUUUUAUAGUAAUGGAGAUAUAACUCCUCUAUAUGUUCCUCCUCUGCUGGACGAAGAUGCAUUUAGUGACUUCCCUAUCUGCAGGAUGUAAGUCCCAUCUGCAGUAUGUAAGGCCCAUCUGCAGUAUGUAAGUCCCAUCUGCAGUAAGUAAGUCCCAUCUGCAGGAUGUAAGUCCCAUCUGCAGGAUGUAAGUCC